AUGCAUGCGCACAAGCUUUUGACCUCUGCGGUGGUGGCUUCCUUCGCAGCCUGCGUGCUCGCCUCGCCUGCCCCCGAGCCCGCCAUCACCGAGGCGCCAAGUCUAGCAAAGAGAGCGACAACAUGCACGUUCUCUGGGUCCACCGGAGCCUCCAAGGCCAGUGUGUCGCAGCAGUCCUGCUCUACCAUUGUUCUUUCUGACGUCGCUGUGCCCUCCGGAACGACUCUGGAUCUGAGCAAGCUGAAGGAUGAUACCACGGUCAUCUUUCAGGGACAGACGACAUGGGGCUACAAGGAAUGGUCGGGGCCUUUGCUGAGGAUCUCCGGAAACGGCAUUACGAUCAAGGGCGACACUGGCGCGUCCCUGGACGGACAGGGCGCCCGCUGGUGGGAUGGAGAAGGAUCCAAUGGCGGCAAGACCAAGCCCAAGUUCUUCUACGCUCACGAUCUGACCUCGUCAACAAUCACCGACCUUUACAUCUAUAACACCCCCGUCCAGGCUGUCAGCAUCAAUGGAUGCGAUGGACUCACCAUCACCGAUAUGACCAUCAACAACGAAGCCGGCGAUAGUGCCGGUGGCCACAAUACCGACGGGUUCGACAUUGGCAGUAGCAACAAUGUGGUAAUUACCGGGGCGAACGUUUACAAUCAAGAUGACUGCGUUGCGGUUAAUUCUGGGACGAGCAUCACCUUCAGCGGUGGUGUUUGCUCGGGUGGGCAUGGAUUGUCCAUCGGAAGUGUGGGUGGUCGCAGUGACAACACCGUUGACACCGUGACCUUUAAGGACUCGAAAGUCAAGGAUUCCACCAACGGGAUUCGUAUCAAGGCGCGCAAAGAUGAAACAGGCUCGAUUACGGGUGUCACCUAUUCCGGCAUCACUCUGCAGAAUAUUACCAAAUACGGUGUUCUGAUUGAGCAGAACUACGACGGCGGCGAUCUCAAGGGUGACCCAACCAGCGGCAUCCCCAUCACCGACCUGACGGUCAAGGACAUCUCGGGCACGAGUGCGGUGAGCUCGAGCGGAUACAACUACGCCAUCGUAUGCGGCUCCGGUGCUUGCUCCGACUGGACCUGGUCGAAUGUCAAGGUCAGCGGGGGCAAGACCUACGGCAGUUGCCAAAAUGUUCCCAGCGUGGCUAGUUGUUGA